UAUAUAUAUAGUAAUAUAGAGCUCCACAAGACCACAAGUGAAAAAAUAGUAUUGGGGAGCAAACUAAUUCUCACUGUGUGCCAAUGGAUGAAACUAGUACAAGAUAUUGCAGCAAAGGGGAAGAAAGAGCUUCAUCCUUGCCUAAGAAGCGUGGAAGGACCGCUAAAAGCAUCCUAGCCAAGCCAAAGGAAAGGAAAAAAGGGUUUGGGAUUGCCAAGCUUGAAAGAAUGAGAGAAGAGGAAAUGAGGGUAGAAGAGGAAAUGAAAGAGUAUUUUAAAGACAGCCUUAGGCAACCACCAAUUUAUGGAGCUGAUAUCCAAGACUUGAUGGCAUAUGGAGCAAGAGAAGAGAUGAGUGGACGGUUCAAGCUUCCUAUGAUAAGGUCGCUAGGCACCUCCGGAGCAGCAUCUUAUGUCAAUCCAAAUAGCACGGUUCCUAUAACGCUUGAUCUCUUUGAAGCACCUGAUCAUAGGGAACAUGAAUACAUUGACUUGAAAAGGAAGGAUGCUGAAAACUUAUCGGAGGACCCACGAGACCUAGACCUUAACCUGAAGCUAUAAUUCUAGAAUUCAUAGAAGUGUCUUGUGCAAUCGUUCAUGAUGGUGGUGGUUCCAACAUUUUACAAGUGAAACCGUAUGAGUUUGAUGCAUGGUUUUGAAUUUGAGAAACAGUGUUGAUUCUAUGGACUAAUAAAUAGCAUAUGACCAACUAGAUCAAGGAAUGCUCCCUUCCCCUCAAUUGUAAGGCUAGACUAUGGAUUCCUGUUUGAAUUGGUUUUAAAAUAUAUUUGAUAGUUUAUUUGGUUGCAUUUUUUUUGCUACGACUACGAAGUAAUGAAAUUCGAGUUUCCUGU